GGGUCAGCGAAAAUAAAGUAUUCUGUGUAUUAUGUACCAAUUAAAGUUCAAUCCCCUGAUUGACCAACAAAACGAUUCAUUGACUCGCUAGUCGCUGGUACUAAUCAAUCAGACAUGAAUUAAGGAAGUGGAUAAGUUGCAAAUUUGCAAUUAUUUAUCUCCGCAUUUUAAAUACUUGCCUUGUUUUAUUUCGUCUUUAACAAAUCAAUUAAUUAUUGUUAUUGAUCGUCUCAUAAAUGUAAAUAAAAAUUUUCGUCAUUCUCUUCCCAAUCACUGACAAGAGAAGUCCGUAUGAAUUUAGAAACUAUUUAUCUGAAAAUAUGGGACUUUACAAAGUCAAGGCAUUCUGUGUUCUCUUCGUACUCGUUAUUUUGUUCCAUUUUGCAUACCAAUUUAAAAACUCGCCUUCAUCGAGCAACCACAAGCCCUCCGGAGAUAUCCCACUUUGGAAUAAAACUGAGCAUGGAAUUUCGACCAACAAUAUUCUCACCGCUCUCCCAGUCAACCGAAUUUGGCAAGGGCCUAGAGGAAAAGUAGAGAUAAAAUAUAACUGUGAGGGAGACUCGUAUUACAUUUACGUCUAUCCAAAGAAAGCAAAUUGCGCCCCCAAUGAUAUGUCGUUUGAAGACCGUCCCACAUAUUCUGUCUGCUUUGACGAUACGACCAAGCAGACGCUAUAUACUACGGGACACAUCCUGGGAACUCAGGCGACUCUAGUGCAUCCAGCCAGGCCCCCUUGGGAAGAAGCGAAGCGGCUUUUUAACACAGGAUGGGACUAUUUGUACGACCGCAAAACGCAAAAGUUCAAGUUUUCCCGACCGACGAUGCUGGGUCCAGCAAGCACUGCGAGAUUAUUCCCAGAAGAUAAAUAUUGGUUUAGUAGAGGUCACUUAUUUCGGAGGAGCGACGCGAACACUAUAAAUGGUCAGGCGUCUACAAUGUUUUACAUCAAUACUGCGCCUCAAUGGGGUCUCUUGAACUCAGGGAAUUGGAAUAAACUCGAAGAAGACAUUCGAAGCUAUGCUCAAGGUGGAAACACCUUGGUGAAAGUUUGGACUGGCACUUAUGGCCUGCUUACUUUGCCGAACGACCAAGGAGUUCAGAUUGAUAUGUAUUUGGGCAAUAAUGCCGUCCCGGUUCCCAGAUUCUUUUGGAAAGCUGUGUACGACAUGGUUUCCAAGUAUGGCGUGGUCCUUGUGCAGGUCAACAAUCCUCACGCCACGCAUGAAGAGCUGUUUCAAAAUGGAAUUCCGUGCGAAGAUAUCUGCCACCGUGUCCCUUGGCUGACCACGUUGGUGCAAGUAGAACGGGAAAAGGUUGACUUCGGGUACACGUAUUGCUGUAGCGUGGAGGAAUUUAGAAGAACGGUCAACUAUCCGAGUGAUCUUCCAAAAGCGAGAAGUUGGUAAUUUGUUGAAUCGGUUGAUUUGCAAUUUGCAUACAAUGUUUUGAUUAUUAUGUACAAUAUUCUGACCUGUCAUAAAAUCUGCGGCAUAAAAAGUUUUAUUAAAUGAUCCGAUUUUGCAUGGAAUAAGUCGCAAAUUUAAUAAGUAUUUAACAUUUGGACUGCACAAAAUUUGUCACCCAUAUUGUCACCAGUUACAUAUAUAAAAUUUAUGCUUUGGAUAAAUAAAAAGGUGAAUGAAAAAUUUCC